AUGCUUGGCUCCUUGAAUCCAUCUCCUCAUGAUCAUCAAGAAGAAGAUCCCUCAACCACAGAUCUGCAAUACCGGCGGAUUACACAACCAUCUUCACCUGCAAUCCAAAUGCGCCAGUUACUGAUCAGUUGUGCCGAGCUCAUCUCUCACUCAGACUUCUCUGCUGCUCAUCGUCUCAUCUCCAUUUUGUCCACCCACUCUUCUCCUUAUGGUGAUUCUACUGAAAGGUUGGUCCAUCAAUUUGUUAGAGCUCUCUCUCUUCGCCCCAAUCACACCCACGCCACCGUUAGUGCGUUUAUAUUGAAUACAAGUAAUGCUACUACCAGUAUUACUACCAACACCACCACCACCACGGCAACAAAUAUGAGCAAUAUCACUAAUUUUGAUUCAUCCCUUCAGUCAUCUUAUCUAUCCCUGAACCAAAUAACACCGUUCAUAAGAUUCAGCCAUCUUACAGCUAACCAGGCCAUAUUGGAAGCCAUAGAAGUAGGGCAACAGGCUAUCCACAUCCUCGACUUUGACAUCAUGCAUGGUGUACAAUGGCCUCCUCUUAUGCAGGCCUUAGCUGAGCGUUCCAACGACACUCUCCUCCCUCCUCCUAUGCUUCGAAUCACCGGAACAGGACACGAUUUGAACAUCCUCCAGAGGACUGGUGACCGCCUUUUGAAGUUUGCACACACUCUCGGCCUCAGAUUCCAAUUUCACCCUCUUCUCAUCCUUAAUGACGACCCUACUUCAGUUGCUCGCUAUCUUCCCUCAGCGCUCACCCUCCUUCCAGACGAGGCCUUGGCUGUCAACUGCGUUUUAUAUCUACAUAGACUUCUUAAGGAUGACUCUCGCGAUCUGCGCCUUUUCCUCCACAAAAUCAAGGCUUUAAACCCCAAAGUGGUAACCAUUGCAGAAAGAGAAGCCAACCACAACCACCCUCUUUUCUUGCAGAGAUUUGUGGAGGCCUUGGAUCACUACACAGCCAUCUUUGAUUCCCUGGAGGCGACCUUGCCGCCCAACAGCCGAGAGAGACUGGCAGUUGAGCAGAUAUGGUUUGGAAGAGAAAUAGUAGACAUAGUGGCGGCAGAGGGAGAUAAUAGAAGAGAGCGGCAUGAGAGGUUUGAGUCAUGGGAAGUGAUACUUAGGAGCUCAGGUUUCGCCAAUGUCCCCUUGAGCCCCUUUGCCUUGUCUCAAGCAAAACUCCUUUUAAGACUUCAUUAUCCUUCAGAAGGUUAUCAGCUUCAGAUUUUUAACAAUUCUUUCUUCCUAGGUUGGCAGAAUCGUCCCCUUUUCUCAAUAUCAUCCUGGCGCUAA